UCGAAAUUCUGUAAGACUAGUUUUUGUAGCAAAAUGUUCGUUAAUUUGGACAGAAAAAUGUAAAAACUGUCGCCCCAAUGUAAAACCGUUACCAGCAUUUAAUUUGAAUGAAAAAUAAGCAAAUAUUUGUCGAAUUUAGGAUUCCACUUUUAAAAGUUUUGAACGGUGUAGAAAAGUUUGGUAAUGUAUUUUAUUUUCGCAUAAAUAAAUUAUAAGAAACUAAAAUAUAUACAAUUAAUGGAGCUUUGUAUCAAUUUUGCAUGGAGAAUAGUUACAUGCUAAAGCGACUAAUAUUAAUCAAGGCCUGACGUAAUCAGCUGACAUCAGAAACAAAUUUUAGCAAUAUAAUUUCGCAGCGGAUGUAAUCACUAACACUUUAAAACUGACGGUGAUUUGCAAGUAAUGUCCUCGUUUAAGUAAGUGCUGAUGAAUUAUCAGCUGCUGAUAAUUUAAAAUUGUUACGAUGAACGACCCGUGGGAUGUGAAAUCAGUGCGACAAUCCAACCAGUACAUGUCGUGCAUGAAAUUAAACGGAGUCCCACUCUUGCCGCCCGUUCUUUCUAAAGAAUGUUACUUAGAAAUGCAAUACUACAAGCUGCUUGCCAAAGAGGUUGAGAAAAGGAUUCAAAAGUUAAAGCCCUAUGUAGUGGAAAGUGAUUCCGAGUCCAGUGAGGAUAGAACUGAUGCACCCGAGCUUCCAGAAUCAGAACAAAGUUACGAUGUGUCUCCUGAUGCCAUAGAAUCUGAAUUAAAUAACAUUUCCACCCAUCUAUCAACAGAGAAAUGUCUGGCAGAUUGUAACAUUGUCCGAGUGCAGCCCGUCAGCAACACAUAUGACAAUAUCACUUCCAACUUUUCAAUGGAUUCUGAAAGCGCAUCAUCAAAACUCUCAUCCAAAUACGUCAUAGACUUAAGUUUGAGUAUCAACGAAACUGGUCGGAACAUAGUUGACAGCAUAAAUACUUCAUACACACCUAUUGAGAUACCUGAAAGAGACUGCGAUUAUUCUAAGAAACCUAAAGCAACUGUAGCUGAAGUUAAAGAAGGCAAAUGUCAAGCAGCAGAUCAGAUAAAUUUCAGUGUCAGCAUUAAAGACACACAUAUAGAUGCACUGAAUUUAUGUCAAGACGGCCCUCCCUCUCUGAGUUGUAAGAGUUUCACAGGUUCCCUUAACAACAUUCACACGGAGAGUGUCAAAGAAGCAGAAAUAAAACCACUAAUCAGACAAAGAUCAUACACGGUCUUAAUACCAAGUCCCAUGCUGUUGGCUCAUCUGGAGGUCCAGUCAAUAAAUACAGGGAUGGAUAUAACCUCGAUCUCGAUGAGCGAGUCCAUGUCGAACAUUAGUAACACUAAGAAAAGGAGGAGCUGGGAUCUAGAAACAGCCAAAGUAAAAUGGUCCUCUAUGGCCUUGGAACUGAAAGAAAAAAAUUUAACUAAUAAAAAUAAAGCUGCAAACCCUCGGAGCGUUUCAUCGAAACCUGUCUCUAAGAAAGUGUCGCAGGCCACUCCGCAAAGACCGAGGUCAUUGGCGCAGGAAAGAAUAAAACGAAGCCCUCCCAAGGCAACCAACAAGUCUGAGCCAGCCCAAAAACCGAGGAACUCGUCUAGUCCGGUUAGGAACACUCCUUUACAAAAACCUGCACAAUUAAUAAUUCCAAAUAAAGUUCCACAAAAAACUGAAGUAGAAACACCCAAUAAUGCUGAUACAUCAGAAUCAGACCCCGCGACUCGGGUCAGAGAACUCUAUGAUAAGAUACAGAAACAGCAGCUCAUACAGAUGGCGAACCUCGUCGAGAAACAGAAGAAGGAACAAAUGUUACUUCAACAGGUCUUUGAAGAACAAAACAAUUUGUUGUUCACGCAACUGAAAACGAUAUGUCCGAAGUCUCCGAUAGAUGUCAAAGAAGCCUGGGUCGAUCACAGUAAAGAAGACGGCAGCCGCGGGCCGGUCAGCCUGAGUCAGCUGAUGAACCAGAAGCAGCCAGAGAUAUCACACGGCAGUCCAGUGCCAUCCACAUUGAUAGAAACCAAUAACUACAUCAACUACUGUGACAGCGUGCUCAAGAAAUCGAGAGACAUAAAAGGGAGCAUCAAAAAGGCCGAAGACAAGGACGUCGGCAAGGGUCCGUCGUGUCAGCAGGUUCAACGACCCCGGGCAUGUUCCCCGACCCGCAGGAACACUCCCACAUCAAGAAAACUCACGUACGAUAACAGUGCCUCCUCCGACAGAGACAAAGAUCAGCUAACGGACCGCACCAACGACACCAUGGCUGACAUACUGAACGUCACCUUCCCUUCAGACUACAGCGAUGAGUGUCCGCCCUGUCUGCAACACACGGCUACCACCUGCUCGGAGACCAUCGCGACCAGGAGCACAACCGGCUCGUGUAGGUCCACCGAUAAAGCGAUCAGGAGUAUGGAACAAACGAUUCAGAAUUCCAUCAACAGUAUGUCCGGCAGACGAAAGACACACCAGUGGCGAGAGCCGACGCCUCAGGAGCGGAUGGCAGCUACAAAGAUAGUGUCGUAUGCUAAAGGCUACCUAGUCCGUCGUUUGAUGAGCACGGAGCGCGUCCAGGCCACCGUGCAGACAAUCAAGGACGCGCUGCUGUGCGCCCUCCAGCUGCACCAGGAGCGGGAGGGCAUCCGUGGGGCGGAUGUAGACCUACACCGGCGACUCAUACAGCAGAUAACAGCUGCGUGUUACUCCCUGCACGACACCUUCAUCACCAGCUCGUCGUCGGAGCGCUGCGCUCUGAUCGCCGCGGACCGCAGCCGGCGCCGCUCGCUGGCCGCCCGCCUUCCCACCCCCACCCCCACCCCCCCACACAGACAUCGACACACGGACGUUAUGUCACAAAGUCACAGCGGCGCCUUCCCGUCGCGCCUCAAGCGCCAGCCUCCGUCGAUAAUGACUCAAUCCAGUUAUGAGACAUUUAGCUGCGACAAGAGCGUACGGCGCUACAUGCCGAGCCCGCGGCGUCGUCCGUGGCGCUGAUCAGAAACAACCUCGCAUACAAACCGACAUAACAUACAGAGCACAGCAAAGAGAAAGUGACUUGAAAUAUACUUGUAUGUAGAGUAAUGUUUACCCGCGAACACAAUAAUAACGAACUAUUUAAUGUGUCGACGUUGUUUUAUAUCGGCGUGACAGUCAUUGACAGACAAAAGAAGACGCUCGGCCUGCGGCCCCACUCAUGACCGAUAACUCAACUCAUAUCAGAAUUUUUUUUAUAAUGACUAACAUGUACAACGGCAAACGAGUUCAAAUCUAUUUUUGUUCAACAAGGAUUACACAGAAAUCAAAAAUAAUGAUUAUUAAUAAUAUUUAAGCAACUGUCUCGACAGCUACUGACCCCUCACGGCGACCUACAGUAAGGUAGUGCUAAGUAUAUUAAGGUUGUAUCUCGGCCUCCACAGCUCUGGUGCAUAGUCUAACAUUACCGAGGUUUUUUACUAGCUUUAUAUUUAUGGAAGGCUGAUAUUGUUUUUUUUUCAACUAUUUAUUAACAGCCGGUGGUUCUCUUAUAUUGUAAAACAUUUAAACUGUAUCUCGUAUCAGACGAAACGUUAUCAAGUUUCACCCGGUACUGCUUUUACUUUUUUAUAAUUACGCUUUUAAUAUUUUACACGAACGCUCUAGUACUAAGGUAAUAUUUAUACGGAAGGUAAAUAAAAAAACAUUGAAUCGA